GGAGGUGGAGCAAAAAAAAAAAGUGGUAUUGGUACUGUUGAAAGAACAUAUUUUGUUAUAUCGAUCUUUGCCUAAGAACUGAUGGAAAGUGGCAACGUUGUGAAUGAACAACCUGAAUUAUCAGGCAUAGUUGAUGAAACCAAAAGCUAUUUAUAUGAACAAUUAUGGAAUCUGUGUGCUGGACCUUUGUGUGAUCUUCCAAAACUUGGAGAGAAAGUUUAUUAUUUUCCUCAAGGCCACAUAGAGUUUGUUGAGGCAUCUACAAGAGAAGAGUUGAAUCAAAUUCAACCAAAUUUUGAUAUUCCUUCCAAACUUCAGUGUCAUGUUAUUGCUAUUCACCGUAAGGUGGAAAUAAAUACUGAUCAAGUUUAUGCUGAGAUCACGUUGAUGCCAGAUACAACACAAGUUAUAAUCCCUACUCAAAAUGAUAGCAAUGAUAUGCCAAAAAUAAACUUCUUUAAGAAAAUUUUAACGGCAUCAGAUACAAGCAGCCAUGGGGGCUUAUCCAUUCCUAAAAGAGAUGCAACUGAAUGUUUCCCUCUGCUGGAUAUGAGUCUACCUGUACCGACACAAGAGUUUCUUACUAAGGAUCUCCAUGGUAAUGAAUGGAGGUUCAAGCACAGUUUUAGAGGAAAACCACGUAGACAUCUCAUAACUACAGGGUGGAGUGCAUUCGUAACAACAAAAAAAUUAGUUGCUGGUGACGUUUUGGUAUUUGUUAGGGGAGAAAAUGAAGAGUUACGAGUUGGUAUCAGACGAGCAGGACAUCAAAAAGGAAACACACCUUCAUCACUAGUAUCAACAGAAAGUAUGAGACAUGGAGUAAUUGUUUCUGCAGUUCAUGCUUUUCAUAGCAAAUGUAUGUUCUCUGUAGUUUACAAGCCAAGGUCAAGUCAAUUUAUUGUCAGUUACGACAAUUUUUUAGAUGCUAUGAACAAGAAGUUCAGUGUUGGUUCACGAUUUACAAUGCAGUUUGAGGGCGAUGAUUUGUCUAAAAGAAGAUAUUCUGGAACAAUUAUUGGAGUUAAUAAUUUCUCCCCUCAUUGGAAGGAUUCUGAAUGGCGAAGUUUACAAGUACGAUGGGAUGAAUUUGUAUCCUUUCCAAGACCUAACAGAGUUUCCCCAUGGGAAAUCGAACAUUUAACGCCUUCUUCAAAUGUUAUCCAAUUAUCUUUGCUGAAGAACAAGCGUUCUCGACAUGUUAACGAAAUCGGUUCAUCAUCAUCACAUCGCUUGCCUCCUAUAUUAAUAGAAGUCCAGGAAAUUGGACAGCCAAGCAUGACCUCUCCCAUGAGUAUUCCUCAACUCGGUGGUAGCUGUAGAUUGUUUGGAGUUACUCUGACCACUCCUUCCGAGAUCAAAGAUCACGUGGAACCAAAUGACAACCAAAUAUCGGGUACUUCAAAACUCUCUCAAGAGAGAAAGCUUGGCUUGACCCAAACAUCGAAAUCACCUACAGAGAUUCAAAGCAAGCAGUUUAGUUCUAUUAGAAGUUGCACUAAGGUUCAAAUGCAAGGUGUAGCUAUAGGAAGAGCUCUGGAUCUUAAUGUUUUAAAUGGAUAUGAUCAGCUAAUACAUGAACUGGAUAAGCUAUUUGAUCUCAAAGGAAAGUUGCAAACCUGCAACCAAUGGGAAAUAGUUUUCACUGACGACGAAGGAGAUAUGAUGCUCGCUGGAGAUGAUCCAUGGCCGUAA